AUGCUACUCGUGCGUCCCACGUCCGCGGCCGCGCACGCGCCGCUGGCCGGCCGGUGUAUAUAUAGAGCGCGCGCUCACCUCCCCAGCAGCACCAACCGAGACAUCCAUCCGGCCAACAGCAGAAUUCCUCUGCAAGGACGACUUCGAAAUCCGAACUCAUCAUCCGUCAUGGCUUUGGAUGGCAGGGCCUUGCCGCAGCCGGCGCCCGCGUGCGUUCCCGCCGUCCAGGCGGUGAGGCCGUGGGCGGGGGACAGCGGUGCUAAUUCGUCUACGGAGGGAAGGGAAAGGGGCAUGCUGCAGGGGAGCGCCGUGGAGGUGGAUGUGCCGCUGCUGCGGGACGACGAGGGGAGGAUGAAGCGGGAGCUGGUCGCCUGGGCCAAGGCCGUGGCGUCCAUGGCCAUCAGGGAGUCGAUGCGGUGCUAA